AGAGACUGGGGGCCCCAGACUGAAGGUUGGUCGGUCCUGGCCCCAGCGAUGACUUCCUGCUCUCGGAUACACUGAGGGGCCAGUGCCCUGCCUGAUGACCAACACCCCAGACCCGGAAGGAGUCAUGGAGUCCACAGUGGCCACUUCCACUACGGCCACAGGCCGCGUCACCUUCUCCCACGUCUUCGGCCAGCAGUGCCAACUUAUGGAAGCAGCUGUGCAAUCACUGCAUACCCUAAAUGACCAGAUAUCUCAUUUUAUUGUCACCAAGUCGAAGGCCCUGGAGGAAGACAAAGAUCCUUUUUUACCUUCUGAGAAGGAGACUCUGAAGAGUUCCAUGAUAUUGAUGAGGCACCUCUUAAUGGAUGCUCAGGCCAAAAUCCUGAGCAUGAUGGAAGACAAUAAGCAGCUCGCGCUCCGCAUCGAUGGGGCGGUCCAGUCGGCCAGCCAGGAGGUGACCAACCUGCGAGCCGAACUCACGGCCACCAACCGGAGACUGGCGGAACUGAGCGGCGGAGGCGGCCCCGGCCCGGGCCCGGGAGCGGCGGCGGCGGCGGAGUCGGCGGCGGCGGCGGCGGCGAGCAUGGAGAACCAGCAAGCACUCCUGCGGGAAGACGUGUCUCGGCUCCAGGAGGAAGUGCACCUUCUCCGGCAGAUGAAGGAGAUGCUGGCCAAGGACCUGGAGGAGUCCCAGGGCGGCAAGUCUUCCGAGGUCCUGUCAUCCACCGAGCUCAGGGUGCAGCUGGCCCAGAAGGAGCAGGAGCUGGUCAGAGCCAAAGAAGCGUUGCAGGCCAUGAAGGCCGACCGGAAGCGCCUGAAGGGUGAGAAGACGGACCUGGUGAGCCAGAUGCAGCAGCUGUACGCCACGCUGGAGAGCCGGGAGGAGCAGCUCCGGGACUUCAUCCGGAACUACGAGCAGCACCGCAAGGAGAGCGAGGAUGCCGUCAAGGCGCUGGCCAAGGAGAAGGACCUGCUGGAACGCGAGAAGUGGGAGCUGCGGCGACAGGCCAAGGAGGCCACGGACCACGCCACGGCACUGCGCUCCCAGCUGGACCUCAAGGACAACCGCAUGAAGGAGCUGGAGGCCGAGCUGGCCAUGGCCAAACAGUCCUUAGCCACGCUGACCAAGGACGUCCCCAAGAGACACUCCCUGGCCAUGCCCGGCGAGACGGUGCUCAACGGCAACCAGGAGUGGGUGGUGCAGGCCGACCUCCCGCUGACCGCCGCCAUCCGCCAGAGCCAGCAGACGCUCUACCACUCGCACCCCCCGCACCCUGCAGACCGGCAAGCGGUCAGGGUGAGCCCCUGCCACUCCCGGCAGCCCUCCGUCAUCUCCGAUGCCUCUGCCGCCGAGGGCGACCGGUCCUCCACCCCAAGUGACAUCAACUCCCCUCGACACCGGACGCACUCCCUCUGCAACGGCGACAGUCCCGGCCCAGUUCAGAAGAACCUGCACAACCCCAUUGUACAGUCACUCGAGGAUCUUGAAGACCAAAAACGGAAAAAAAAGAAAGAGAAGAUGGGAUUCGGCUCCAUCUCGCGCGUCUUCGCCAGAGGGAAGCAGCGGAAGUCCCUCGACCCCGGCCUCUUUGAUGACUCGGACAGCCAGAGCAGCCCCACACGCCAGAGCCUCAGCCUGUCGGAGGGCGAGGAGCAGAUGGACCGGCUGCAGCACGUGGAGCUGGUCAGGACCACGCCCAUGUCCCACUGGAAGGCGGGCACGGUGCAGGCCUGGCUGGAGGUGGUGAUGGCCAUGCCCAUGUACGUCAAGGCCUGCGCGGAGAACGUGAAGAGCGGGAAGGUGCUGCUGAGUCUGAGCGACGAGGACCUGGAGCUGGGCCUGGGCGUGUGCAGCUCCCUGCACCGGCGCAAGCUGCGGCUGGCCAUCGAGGACUACCGCGACGCCGAGGCCGGCAGGAGCCUGUCCAAAGCGGCUGACCUGGACCAUCACUGGGUGGCCAAGGCCUGGCUGAACGACAUUGGCCUGUCCCAGUACUCCCAGGCCUUCCAGAACCACCUGGUUGAUGGACGGAUGCUCAACUCUCUGAUGAAGCGGGACCUGGAGAAGCACCUGAACGUGUCCAAGAAGUUCCACCAGGUCAGCAUCCUGCUCGGGAUCGAGCUGCUGUACCAAGUGAACUUCAGCAGGGAGACCCUGCAGGAGCGUCGGGCCCGCUGUGAGACGCAGAACACAGACCCCGUUGUCUGGACCAACCAGCGGGUACUCAAGUGGGUGCGCGACAUCGACCUGAAGGAGUACGCGGACAACCUGACCAACAGCGGUGUCCACGGCGCAGUGCUGGUGCUGGAGCCCACCUUCAACGCCGAGGCCAUGGCCACCGCCCUGGGCAUCCCCAGCGGGAAGCACAUCCUCCGGAGACACCUGGCCGAGGAGAUGAGUGCCGUGUUCCAUCCGGCAGGCUCCACAGGCAUCCGGGAAGCUGAGCGCUUCGGCACGCCACCAGGAAGGGCCUCCAGCGUCCCCCGCACCGGGAAGGAGGACAGCGGCGGCAUCAAGUACAAGGCUGGCCGGCUGCCCCUGGGGAAGAUAGGAAGGGGCUUCAGCAGCAAAGACCCCGAUUUCCACGACGACUACGGCUCUCUUCAAAACGAGGACUGUGGGGAGGACGACGGCCUGCAGGGCAGAGGAGAGCCCAGCCGGCUGGAAGGCUACAACGGCCUGGAGGUCACCAAUGUCUGAGGCUCCGGCACCCCUCUCACCGCCCCGCACGGAGCCCCGGGGAGGAGGAGCUUCCAAGGCUGACGUGGCCGUGCGUAGUGACCUCGGCACAGGGGGUCUCUCAAACCCCAGCCGCCAGCCUCGGUUGCAGCUGGAGGCAGUACCAGCCUGUGUGUCCUGAACCAACCAUGAACUCUUCUACACGGUCCCAACGCCCAGCCCCUGCCGCCCCACUGGGCUCUUAGCCGUUGGCCAGGAGGAGCCAGUGGACAGCAGCCCAACCACCCCGAGUCCGGUGUCCUCAGUGCAGAGACCUCGGGAAACUGAGGCUGGCCAGGUGACAUGGGGUCCCUGGCAGCCAGCUGGUGGAUGUCGGCGGGGCCGGUGUCACUUCUGGCAUCCCCGUGUCCCCAGGAUUGACUCUCCUUGGGAGAAUGCAGAGCAGGAAGUCAUUCUCGUCCAGGCCCAGGGUCACGUGUCACACAGAGGGGGCAUGUGACUACGAACUAUUCACCCCCUUGUUUCCAGAGUGGCCACAGUGGGCACCACUCACUUCUGCCGGUGGACCAUGGUGCAGGCGUGAGGCUGAGCUGAUCACUUGCCAUCAGCAUGAAGGACACUGUGUAACCAUCAGAUCAGAGAUGGUUGAGUUAGGUCUGUGACCACCAUUCCACACUUGACAGUGGGCAGGAACGACUGGGUCCUGGGGCACAAUGCUUUGCUAUGAUGAAACUGUAGGUGGGCUCACCGCAGUCUAAUUGAGACAAAUGUGGCAGAUCUGCAGUUCAGAUGGCGGGAGAGAACCUCUUGCCCUUUUCUUGAUGUUGCCACUGUUUUGUUGUGUGACUUCUUUCCCCCGUGGCUUCACCUUUCCGUGCCUCAAUGUUGCUUCAGCUACAACACUUCCGGUUCCCUCCCAGGGCUUGUGAGAAUUAACACUUGCUAAUGUCUGUAACACUCUUAGUAACCUCUUGAGACCUCAAGGAGAAAGGAUGGAUGGGCGGAAGAAGCACACUGUGUAAUUAUCCAUUUGUAUCCUGGACAUUGAUCUGGUUCUCUGCUACUUUGUGUCGGCUAGAGCAAGCACAGAGGAGGGGGAGGGAUUUUACUCUUCAGACUCCCCAGAGAUCCCCACAGGGCUCAGCCAAGGAAGAAGGGAGAGGCAUGCGAGCACCUUGAAAAUCAUUUUUUACUGCGUUCACCUCUGCGUCCGUCACCUAGGGCAGAGGGACAAGCAGGGAAAGUGCUCUGGGGCUUUCUCCUCCCAGGUCAGCUCUGAGGUGCAUCGUUAAGGGGACCUGGCACCUGAUUUCCCUUGACGCGUUUAGCCCUGAGUGGAGUGGAGGAACAUUUGAAUCUCAAGCCGUGUGCCAGCCCCCAAGAACUGUUCAAGCAUGUUUUCUCUUCAGCCAACAGAUCAUCCCCACCCGCCCGUGAGGCCAAGCCCAUAUGAACUUGAGACUUGGUGCUUCCCCUUCCGGAAGAAGGUUUUUCUCUCUGACCUCCGCACAAGCUUGGCCUUUCUCACUGAAAGCCUCGGGGUACCCUGCUGGGUGGCCCCUUUGGGUCUGAAAUGUCCUGGGGGCACAUUUCCCAGUCACCGCCAGAGGGCAAUGCUCUGGUUCCUGCCUUGGAUCUGCCAAGUUUCUGAAACCAGAAUCUCUUGUGACAGUUGCCCACACACUUGUCACCCCAAACCAGCAGUGUGUGUGUGUGGGGGGGGGAUG